AUGGAGACGUCUACCUUUGUAAAGAGGCUUUCAUCGAAUAGCAGAACUGUCAGAGAAGAUGCGUUGGAUUCGCUGAGAAAAUAUCUCACCACAAAACAGUUCAAAGAGAGCAAGCAACUGGAGUUUGAAAAACUUUGGAAAGGGCUUUACUACGCGAUGUGGUUCAGUGAUAGACCUAGACCUCAGCAGCGUUUAGCCAACAGUCUUGGAGAGUUGUAUGUGCUAUAUUUUUCGAAGGGAGACAACUCGUCGAAAAGCAAACUGACCUUGAACGACGAGGCAUUCCUUAAAUUUAGCAAGGCCUUUUGGAAAGUGAUCAGUUUUGAGUGGUAUAGCAUCGACCACCACCGUCUGGACAAAUAUCUACUGCUGGUAAGAAGGGUACUUGCCGGGCAGUUGAGGUAUCUCCAGCUCCGCGGGUGGGGCGAGGAACUCGUGGUGUCUUACAUCUUCUCGGUACUCAGAAAGAUACCUCUCAGUGGCGAUAGAAAGAUCUACAAUGGCAUUCCCUUCCACAUCAUCGACAUUUUUGUCGACGAGUGGGAGAAACUCGUAUUUGGCGACGAAGACGAUGACGAUGAAGACGGCAACGCGCGCGACGCGGCAGAGGAGAGGCGUAUUAUCGCAUCCACUCCGUUGGCUCAAUUUGUCGAGAUAUUUCACGAUCUUGCGCAAAACACCCGCAACAUCAAAGUCUUGAGAGACAAGAUCAAGAGCGAUUUUCUGAAAGACGCGAGGUUGGAGAAAUGGGGUGUUCUUCCUGAGGAAGUCGACGAGGAAAACACCGCCAACAGCGACGAUCAAGAGGAAGAAUGGACCGGGUUCUGA